UAUUCAGGUCUGAAAUCCCAUGUUUCUUCCUCUUUCGUGCUUCCAACCUUCCUCCUCCCCUACAAUUGCGGCCAAACGCCAAACUCAUCCGUAACAGGUAACGCCGAGCCGAUCUCUCAUCCCCAUUGUCCAUCCUACCAUCUCCAUGUCUUCUCCUUCCCUUCUCUCCUCCAUCUAACCCCUCGCCGCGCGCCCCCACCAUGAUCGGAGGGGAGAAACAUGGGCCAGCAUCGGGCAUCCACCUGACGCCCAUUUUCUCCCUCUUCCUCCUCCUCCUCCUCCACCUUCCUCUCUCCCUCACCUCCAACAACCCUAAAAAUCCCGCCUUUACCCCUUCCGACAUCUACCUCCUCGACUGCGGCGCCCCUAAAAGCCUCCAACUUUCCGACGGCCGCACCUUCCGCUCAGAGCCCCAAUCCUCCUCCUUCCUCUCCACCGACGAGGACAUCCGCCUCUCAUCCACCUCUCCCAUCCCUUCCCUCUCCCCUCUCUACCACACCGCACGCGUCUUCUCCUCAACCUCCAGCUACUCCUUUUUCAUCACCAAACUCGGCCUCCAUUUCAUCCGCCUACACUUCUUCCCCUUCCCUUCCCCUUCCUACAACCUCUCCUCCGCCAUCUUCACCGUCAACACCGAAGAUUUCGUCCUCCUUCGCGACUUCUCCGUACCAUCCCCUGCCUCCCCUGUUCUCAAAGAAUACCUCAUCAACGUCGACAACGAACGCCUUUCCCUCACUUUCAAACCCCAAAAAGGCUCCUUUGCCUUCCUCAACGCCGUCGAAGUUGUCUCCGCGCCGGAAUCUCUCAUCCCCAACUCCGCCGCUAGCAUCAGUCCCCAAGAGCAGUUCAGCGGGAUUAACAACUAUGCGCUCGAGGUCAUCAGUCGAAUUAACGUCGGCGGGGAGAAGAUUUCAUCUGAGAAUGACACGUUGGCGAGAGAAUGGCUUCCGGAUUCAUUUUUGAAGCCGCCGGAGACGGCGGAGAAGGUGGCCAUAGCGCCGGAGAAGGUUAAGUAUCCCGAAGAUGGCACGGUGACGCAGCUUAUUGCGCCGAGAAGCGUUUACGCGACGGCAGAUAGCAUGAGGGAUGCGAAUGUAUCGGAGCCGAUGUUUAAUAUAACGUGGGAGAUCCCGGCGGACGGCGGCGGAUAUUCGUACCUCGUUCGACUCCAUUUCUGUGACAUUGUUAGCAGGAGUCUUAAUACGCUAUACUUCAACGUUUUCAUUAACAGGAUGCUGGCUAUUCCCAACCUCGAUCUUUCAUCUCUAACAGGUGGGAACCUCGCCAUGGCCUACUACAAAGACUUCGUCGUCGCCGGAACCACUCUCAUCUCCAGCAGCAUCUCCCUCCAAAUCAGCCCACCAGUGAUGAAUGACAUCGGUCUUCCCAAUGCCAUACUCAACGGCAUUGAGGUCAUGAAGAUGAGCAAUAGCGCCGGCAGCCUUGACGGCCCAUAUUCCGUCGACGGCUCUUACCACAGCGAUGGAGCCACCGGCAACUUAAAAGGAAAGGUCGUGGUAGCCAUCUUCGGUUUCGCUAUGGGAGCAACAGCAUUGGCGCUGGUGACGAUUAUGUUCCUUCGAUGGCGGCGGCGGCCAGAGGAUUGGAGGAAGAAGCAUAGCUUCUCAUCUUGGUUGUUGCCACUACAUGUUAGCCAUUCAGGCCGGCCGGGUUUUUUGAGAAAGUGGAGUGGGAAGGGGAGCUCCUCCUCUUCAAAGAAUGGAAAGGGUUUUGAGUCGCGCAAGAGCAAGGGCGGGUAUACAAGUUAUCUCACAACGGGCGGGCUUGGCCUUGGGAGAUUCUUCACGUUCGCGGAGGUCCAGCAGGCCACCUGCAACUUCGACGACAAGAACGUGAUUGGCGUGGGAGGCUUCGGAAAAGUCUAUCUGGGCAUCCUGGACGACGGCACCAAGCUGGCCGUUAAGCGCGGCAAUCCUUCCUCCGAUCAAGGAAUCAAUGAGUUCCAUACGGAGAUCGAGAUGCUGUCCAAGCUCCGCCACCGCCACCUCGUCUCUCUCAUCGGCUGCUGCGACGAGAACAAUGAGAUGAUUCUUGUGUACGAGUACAUGUCCAACGGACCGCUUCGCGAUCAUCUCUACCCUUCUUCUCCCACCCUGAUUCCACUUUCGUGGAAGCAGCGCCUCGAGAUCUGCAUCGGGGCCGCCCGCGGCCUCCAUUACCUCCACACCGGCGCCGCCCAGGGCAUCAUCCACCGAGACGUGAAGACCACCAACAUCCUCAUGGACGAAAAUCUCGUCGCCAAAAUGUCAGACUUCGGUCUCUCCAAAGCCGGCCCUUCCUCUCUCGACCAAACCCACGUCAGCACCGCCGUCAAAGGCAGCUUCGGCUAUCUCGACCCCGAGUACUUCCGGCGGCAGCAGCUCACCGAUAAGUCCGACGUCUAUUCCUUCGGCGUGGUGAUGUUCGAGGUGCUCUGCGCGAGGCCGGCGAUCAAUCCGGCGCUGCCCAGAGAUCAGGUGAACUUAGCCGAAUGGGCUCUGCACUGUCAUAGAAAGGGAAAGGUUCAGAUGAUCAUGGACCCGCAUUUGGUCGGCCGCGUCGGGCCGCCUUCGUUGAACAAGUUCGUUGAGGCGGCGGAGAAGUGCCUGGAGGAUUCCGGCGUUGAUCGGCCGACGAUGGGGGAUGUGCUGUGGAACCUCGAGUACGCGUUGCAGUUACAGGAAGCGUGGACGGGGCAGGCGAACGAGGACGACGACCGAUCUGACAUCGUCAACGCCGGCGAAAUCCAAUUACAGCAGCUCGACGACCGACAAAGAAUGGAAAGAGGGUUCGAAGAUGAAGUUACAGCCGGCGAUUCCUCCACCACGACGGGGCCGCCGCCACUCUUCCAGGGGCGGUGAACGAAAGAGCACUACGAAUCUGUGAUGAAAGAAAAAAAAAAUGAUGCCUUUUAUAAUCUGCAUCUAGUCUUUUGCAUUGUAAAAAAGAUGAGAAUUUUAUUAUGUGGUGAGAAGUGAAAGCUAUUGACAUUUGGUUUU